AUGGCUUCUUCCCUCCGCAUGGCUGCCCCUAAGAUGGCUUCUAUUGCCGCACAGAGCUCCGUCAAGGUCGCUCGCCCAAUGAUGAAGMCAGCUCAGCUCCAGAAGUUCGCUCGUGCCUACUCCGGUGCCGCUGCCCGCCAGACCUCUGCCUUCAACACCAUGAAGCGCACCUCCACCCUGAUGAACUCCGCCCGCACCCAGGUCUCCACCCAGGCCAAGCGUGCCUACUCCUCUGAGAUGGCCAACGCCCUCGUCCAGGUCUCCCAGAACAUUGGCAUGGGUUCCGCUGCCAUCGGUCUCGGUGGUGCCGGUAUCGGUAUCGGUCUCGUUUUCGCUGCCCUCCUCCAGGCUGUUGCCCGCAACCCAUCUCUCCGUGGCCAGCUCUUCUCCUACGCCAUUCUUGGUUUCGCUUUCGUCGAGGCCAUCGGUCUUUUCGACCUCAUGGUUGCCAUGAUGUGCAAGUACGUCUAA